AUGUCCCUCGCUGACAGUGUGCGCUCUCCAGAUCAUCACCACCGCCAGUACGCACCCUCGUCGCCAGGCCUGCCCAAAGACGCUCGCCCCAGGACGUCAUCCCACGGCGGCCUCCCGCAGAACGGCACUCACCACGAACGCGAAAGUCCGGAGUCCGCUGCGCCGGCUGUCCAGCAACCUUCAGCACUUUCUCCCGCACCUUCGAAUCCGACUCCCGCACCAUCGACACCGACGCCAGCACAGAAGAUCCCCACCAAGCGUCCGACGCUGUUGGGCCGAGCUAGCUCCGAGAAGCCGCAGCCGGGUAGUGUCACGCCCCCCGAACCCAGGACCACUUCGCGCAAGAAUUCAUGGAUAUCGAGCAUAAGCUCUAAAUUCUCCUCACAGAACUCGCCCGCACAGACAACCCAGGUUCAGGCGCAGGGAUCAUCUGCGAAUCAAAAUGCCGCAGAUGGGGUGGUUUCGACUGCCAACGGCGCGUUGAACGGCAUCCAGGCCGCAGCCAAUGGUAAUCAUACUGCCUACGAGCCGUACGUGCCUCAGCAACCGAAGGGCUCUUUCAUCUCAAAUGCGUUGCGACGACUUUCAUCAGGGUCACAAGUUGGUGGCUUGUCCGGGAAAGCUGUACCCAAUGGCGGCGUCUGUCCUAGGAAGGUCAUGAACAUCGAUCCGAAUCGAGCUCGAUGCCUAGUCCCAGAACUCAAUCAAAACAAGCUGCGGCGCGUUGCAUUCUGCGUUGAUGUCGAAAUCGCAGGUGGUCCGAAGUACAAGGACGACGAGGACAGCGAGGAGCGGAAACAGAAGCGCAAGAAGCUCAAAGAGCGGGGUGAGGGAGAAGCGUUGAAGCACCCAGAGUCGGUCGCAGAAGAGAAGGACAGGCUGGGUGCGGUCAAAGUUUGUUCUGCACAGGAAGUGGUAGGAAACGAACAAGCACCUAAUCCAGAGGGCACCGUAGUCAAUGAUGAGACUGCUGAGCCAAGUAAGAAGAAAGAGAAGAAGAAGCGGUCCGAAGCCGAACGGAAAGAACGGAAAGAGAAGAAACGCAGAAAGGCCGAGGAGAACGGAUCAAUACCUCUCGAAAUCACCAGGGAAGAUGACGAAAUCAAUGCUGAUGGCGCAUUAGAAUCUCCUACCAAAGCGGCGCCUAAGCACCAGGACCGACCUACCACAGAUCCCUUGCGCAUAUACCGCAGAUGUUGUCAAUUAAGAGAGACGCCUAUCCUGAAGAGAAUCAGCGAUCAGUUAUCAAAUCCUUCGGCGGCUGCACUUUCGGCGCCAGGAACGGUGACUUGCUUGGAUCUGACUGGUUCUCGCUUACAGCUAGCCGAUGUGAUCACCCUUUCGGACUGGCUAGCCGUGGUCCCAGUGAAGAAACUGUUCCUAGAGGACGCAGACCUAAACGAUGAGAAGAUUCGUGUCAUACUUGCCGGUUUGCUCGCUGCAAAAGUUCCAGAAGCUGGUAGGAGGAGAAAAUCUUCUUCUGGAGACGUAGAGCAGGGAAGCGAAAACGUGGAAGAACGCUCUGGUGUCGUCAAGAAAUUGGUUCUUAAGAACAACCCCAAGAUCACCGCAGAAGGCUGGAGACAUGUUGCUCUCUUCAUAUACAUGUGCAAAUCGCUCAUGGCCUUGGACUUAUCGAUGAUACCGUUUCCGUCAUCCCCACCUCAGCCGGCUUCUCCGACAGCUAAUGGCUCUCCUGGGUUACCGAGCGAUAAGAAGGCUACCCCUAGGGACAUUGCCGAAACCAUGUCCAAAGCCAUUUCGGAACGAUUGGGAGGCUCGAAACUCGAGGAGCUCUUGCUUUCUGAGUGUGGUUUGUCCUCGCCAAGCAUCAGGAAAGUCGUUGAUGGAGCCAUCAUCAGCGGUGUGCAGCGUCUGGGUCUUGCGGGUAACAGUAUUGACGAGGAAGGCAUCGGACACAUUAUUCACUACAUCAAGUCCGGAGUAUGUCAAGGAUUAGAUCUGGGUGGUAACACUCUUACCGAAUCCAUAUCACGACUCUCCGAAUGCUUCACUAAGAACUGCCCGUUGUGGGCUUUGAGUGUCGCCGACUGCGACCUGACGCCAGAGUCACUCAGGAUCCUGUUCCCGGCUCUGGGUACCCUACCGAACUUCACCUUUUUGGACCUUUCCCACAACCGUGAUCUAUUUUCUAACUCAUUGUCGCUCUGCCUUCUACGGAAGUACAUGCCUCAAUUCAAGAAGCUAAAGCGGAUACACCUCACGGAUGUAUCUCUAUCGCAAGCCGAUGUGAUAGGCAUUGCAGAAAUCAUCCCGGAGUGCCCAAUGAUUGCACACGUCGAUGUCCAAGGAAAUCCCAAGAUCGCUGCAUUGGCUGCAGCAACGACGGAAGAAGAACAGGAAGAAGCAGCCGCGGUCUAUGCCUCGCUGACGUUGGCUGCCAAGGUCUCGCAGACCAUUGUGUUCCUGGGUGUCGAUGUACCUGGGCCUGAGAGCAAUGAGGUUGUCAAGGCGCUGGCCAAGCAGGUCAUCGCAUAUUGUCUUCGCAAUAUGCAGAACAUUGAGGGAGUUCCCGAACUUCAGAAUGCACCGAGGGAUGAUGUAUUACCCGACGUGCUCCAGCAUCUUGUUGGACAUGCAGAUGACACAAGUACGACUUCGGCAGAUGACGAUGCAGCACCCGAUGAGGAUUACAUUGUCGGUGGCACUGGCGUUGCGAAAGCCCUUAGCUACUGUCUCCGACAAAAGGAAUCAGACCUUCGCAGAACGUCGCUUACGGCAAGUGGUACAGCAACGCCCAAGAGCAGUCAGCCCACAGAUUCGGAGCAAUCGCAUAGAGCCAAGAUCAUGUCGAAGAAUCUCUUGGAAAAUGCACGCAAUAUACGACAAAGGCUGCAGAUGGCACUCGCUCGUGAGGCAAAGGCAGGCAACGACAUACCAUAUCGUAAGUCUCUGGGAAAGCUUUCCAGUUGCGGUCCAAAUCUAACAGUCACAGGACGCCUCAUCUUCCUCGAUCAGACGCUGCAGGGUAUGAUCAAACGCUUCGAAGACGAAUACCCAGAAACGCGCGUCCGGUCCCAGUCUACAGACGCUGCCUCCACGACCAGCUCCAUCCCCAGCUCUUCGCCACCACUCUCCGCCGUCCCUACUAUCUCAACAAGCGCCACCGAGAAUGUCUUCCAUGACUCCGACGAUGACGAACCGAAAGCCCUUCGUUCGCGCCAUAACUCCGAUGUCAAUCUCGCGUCGCGUGCCCAAACUCUUGAAGAAGGUCGUCUCCAUCGUCUCGGUCACCGCCUUCGCACUGAAUUCAUCAACCCCUCACGCCCCACCUCGUCGCAUUCUGAGCAAGCCAAUAUGUCCGGCAGUAUGAACGAUCUCGGACUGCCGCCCCAUGUCAUGGCCUUGCGAAACCACUUGGCGACGUACAGUGGCGAGCAAAUACGCGAAAUGACAGAGGGUGCCGGAUGGGAGAAAGCGUUCAACGAUAUCGUGGACAACGCGGAGGAGCUGAAGAGGAUGGAAAGGGAGAACCCCGAGGAGUUCGCGAGGUUUAGAGACACGCAGAUCGCGGCGCUCAAGAAUGCUACUCCUUCGUUUGAAAUCAGUGAUUAUCGGUGGAACAGCAUUGGGAAGGAGCAUGAGAAUGCGAUUGAGGACUAG